UCACCUUAUGAAAAAUGCACUUUUAAAACUUUUUUAUAGACCUAUAUGAAACGACUGCAGCUUAUUGUAAAGAGUUUUCACGGCUGCAGAUCUCCCCGCAGUCGCUGAUGUGCUAAAUCUCUGGAAGCGUGGAGAAGUCUCUGUGCUUUUGACGCAAGCGGGGAAGCCCUGUGAAUGAAGUAGGGAUACGUGUCUGUCUGACAGUUGCUAUUAUACAUACAAAUACGUUGCAAACUAGUACUUUUUAAGGUUAACACAGGGGACCUGCAGAAAGCGCUAACGGUGAAGGGGGAAAAGGGUGCCUGAAUACUGAUGAAUGAGCUGUGAUGGAUAACAAAGACUCGGAAACUGAGAUCCACCCUCUGAAGAAUGAGGACGUAAAAGUUCAAGAGAACCAUGAAAACUCUGUUGAGAGAAGAGUUGGCAACAAGCAGUCAUCACGAUUGUCUCGGCUGUCCCGGUGGCGCACUGCUGCCUUCUUCAUCUCGUUAUUUCUGUGUCUGACAGUUGUGUUUGCUUUCUCAUUUAUCAUUCCUUGCCCAGAGAGGCCUGUUUCUGAAAGAACGUGGUUCCGAAACUAUGACAAUGCAGUGGCCUACCGCUUUCUGGCUAUAGAAGAUGUGAACAAGGACAAAGUGCAAGAUGUCAUCUUCGUUUUCAAAGCUAGCAAUGGCAGCAGCAGCUUCAACAGAUCCUGUCUGGAUGAAGGUCUGCCUUCUCCAUGUGCCUUCAUCGCUGCUGUGUCUGGCACGAAUGGCAGCGUACUCUGGGAAAGGCCUGCUGCUGAGGAAGUUGAGUGGAUGGAGUGUGGCAUCAAGCAGCUUGGUGGGGCUCAGGCCCCAGGUUGCCUGGUCGUGGGGAAGCCGGUGUCUCUUACUGCAGUAGACUUGCAGACAGGGGAAGUUCAAUGGAAACAGUCCAGUGACUUUGGAGCUAAUUAUACUGUGGUGACUCCCUUGUCAGCGAUUCCAGAUGUGGACAGUGAUGGUGUUCAAGACCUGAUAAUCUUCAUUGCCACAGAAGAUAAGAUUAAGACAUUCAUCCAUUCAGGAAAAAAUGGCAAACAGAUAGGAUCCGCUGGAAGCCUGACCACGGAUGGGAACGCUCGUUCUAUCAGGCUUGUUCUGAAGCCUGCUUCCCACUACUUCCUUUUCUAUACAGCAAACUCUCUCUAUGGAUAUUCCCUGAAAGAUCUUUACAGUGCAGCAACUGGGAUGGAAAUGAAGCUUCCUAGCCUUGAGCCAAAUCCUCAGUGGGAGAAGAACAUCGACCGCGCAACACACCGCUUACCCCUUCUCAGCUCUGGGGACAUUCGUUACCUGGCAAAAAUUCCUGGGGGAUCAGGGGAGAACAUCUUGAUUGUGAAGGCGGAGAUGGCUAUGCUGAUCAAUGGACAAAAUCUUCAGACCUUAUGGACUCUCAACGUGUCCCGUAUCGUGAGUGAGCCGCUGCUUGGUUACUACAAACCUGAUGUUCUUGGUAUUAUCCUUGAGAGUGAAAUCGGGCCCAACAGGAAGAAGGUUAUGAUUGUUGAGGCUGGAUCUGGAGCAGUCCAGUGGGACCUGAAGCUGAACUCGAGAGCAGACAGCCCAGGACCAGCCACUCUUUCAACCGCCGAUCACCGGUCCACCUUCCUCUUCUGGGGGGAAUAUCAGAUACCAGGAAAUGAAACGAGAUCCAAAGCUGCUCUCCAGAAGCUGUAUCUCUUCCACCCUUCCUACACUAAUGUUCUCUUGGAGCUCCGCAAUAGUACAGACCAAAUAAUUGCGUUCAAUGCUACGCUGUUCGAGCGGAGCCGUCAUGCCUGCUACGUGCUGUUGAGGGGGCCUCAACCCACCCAGGAACCAGGGUUUGUAUCUCUCAUGAAGCGUAAGCUGAAAGAGGAUGUCUCUGAGAGCAGGGUGAUCUGGCUGAGCCAGGUGGCUGUGGACAGCGAGCAGUACAUCCGGGACCGCCUCUACAGGAUGCGAUUCCACAGCCGAGUGUGAGUGUGCUGAGAGAGCGGGAGAGGCUGCCCCAGCCCAGGAUCCUCCAAGUUGCCUCUCCUCUGCAGCAGCACACUUAGCAAACCCAGAUCAUGGUUUCAAACGAGAAGCUGCCUUUUUUGAUCCACAAACCAAAGCGUGGCUGGUGGGAAAGAGCCC